AUGACACCGUGUUGUCAUCCAAUUCUAUUGUUUGUCAUAUUUGGUGGGUCAGAAGGAUUGCAGUUUGUUGUCACAAAUAAGAGGCUCCUUUUCAUAUUAUCUGAUUACACAGAUUCCCAUGACACCGUGUUGUCAUCCAAUUAUCUAUUGUUGUCAUAUUUGGUGGUUCCUAUUUGGCAGCAGAAAAUACAGAAAUCUGAAGAUCCUGUUGUUUGGGACUAUCACGUAAUCUUCUUGUGGAAGAAUGGACUGAACACUUAUGUAUAUGAUCUUGACAGUUGUUUGCCAUUUUCUUGUAAAUUUGAAAUCUACCUGAAAGAAGCCAUCAAACAAGACAGUUUGUUUCAGCCAGAAUAUUACAGAUAUUUCCGGGUAGUGGAAGCCGCAACCUAUUUGAGGUAUUUUGCGUCGAAUCGUAAACACAUGCUGGAUGAAAGCGGGAUGUGGAAAAGCAAGCCACCACCAUACCCUUGCAUCAGGACAGAAGAAACUGAUGACAAUAUCCAGGAAUUUAUCAAUGUUGAUGUUUCUGUUGGUUAUGGACAAGUUCUCAACUUGAAAGACUUUACAAAAACAUUUUCACAACGAUUGAAAUAA